CGCUCUCACAAAACACCUCUGUUGGGGUUUGUGCUCAUUGUCUGCUACCUUCAGUGUUCGCCUGCUCAGUGUUUGCCUGCUCAUCUACUUCAGUGUGCGCCUGCUCAGUGUUCGCCUGCUCGUCUACACUUCAAUCGCCAGCCGCAAUGCUUGUUCGCGAGUACAGGAUAGUGAUGCCUAUGACUACAGCAGAGUUCCAGAUUGGACGGGCGUUUGCCUACAUGGAGACGGCUCGAAAACAAACACACAAAGGAGAAGGAGUGGAAAUUCUGCAAGACGAGCCAUUCGACAACAUUCCACUUUGUCACGGGCGCUACAAUGAAGGGCAGUUCACCCACAAAAUCUACCACCUGAGAUCGUAAGUUUAUUUUAAGAAAAUUUGCUCGAAAGCUCAAGUCAUCUCUUUUUCUUU